AUGAACACGCCUAUUUAAAUAAAAUAAAAAAAAAUUGUGUUGAAUUUAUCAUCCAAUUUGAACAAAAAAAAAAAGUAAAAGCAAUUUAUUUUUGUUGUUUUCACAAGUCUUUAAUUAUUACAAAAAUAAUUUUUCUACAUCAGAAAAGUCUCAAAGUAAAAUCAAAGUGAACAAACUGUGUAUAAAUCAUAUCGUUCACUUUUAUUGUUGGUUGGUCGGUGUUUAUCAGUUUCCCCUAAAAAAAAGUUUUAUCGUUGUUGAGUAUCAUUUUGUUGGAAACAACUCUUAACUAAGCAUGCAUUUUCUUGGUUUCGGUCAGUCAGCAGAACUUGACAUAGUGUUUGAUGGAGCAGAGAACCGUAAAUUGGUAGAACUCAAAACCGAAGAAGGAAAAAAAGAAAAAUGUCUUCUAUACUACGAUGGAGAGCCUGUCUCAGGAAAGGUUAAUGUGACACUAAAAAAACCCGGAAGUCGUCUCGAACAUCAAGGUAUUAAAAUAGAAUUUAUUGGUCAAGUUGAACUAUUCUAUGAUCGAGGUAAUCAUCAUGAGUUUAAGACAAUUAUCAAAGAAUUGGCUCGACCUGGUGAUCUUAUUCAAAAUACAAGUUAUCCAUUUGAAUUUUUAAAUGUUGAAAAACCAUUUGAAGUUUAUAAUGGCUCUAAUGUUCGUUUGAGAUAUUUCUUGCGGGCAACAAUUGUUCGACGAUUGAGUGAUAUUGCUAAGGAAGUUGAUAUUGCUGUUCAUACAUUGUGUACUUAUCCAGAUACUAAUAUUCCAAUUAAAAUGGAAGUUGGUAUUGAAGAUUGUUUGCACAUUGAAUUUGAGUAUAAUAAAUCGAAAUACCAUUUGAAAGAUGUAAUUGUUGGCAAAAUUUAUUUCCUUCUUGUGCGCAUUAAAAUCAAGCACAUGGAAAUAACAAUCAUUAAAAGAGAAUCUACUGGAUCUGGGCCGAAUAUAUUUACAGAAAAUGAAAAUAUUGCAAAGUAUGAAAUUAUGGAUGGUGCUCCUGUAAAAGGUGAAAGUAUACCAAUAAGAGUAUUUUUGGGUGGCUACAGUUUAACUCCUACAAUGAAGGAUAUAAGCAAGAAGUUUUCAGUAAAAUAUUUCUUGAAUCUUGUUCUUAUGGAUACAGAAGAUCGUCGUUAUUUCAAACAGCAGGAAAUAAUCCUUUGGCGUAAGGCAGACAAAACCCGAAAAACAUCUCACAACCAACAACUUCAAACAAGCAACCCUCGAGCUCCGACUCAUUUAUAUGGUGGCCGAAAUGAAAUAGGUGGUUUUAGCGGACCAUCACAAGCCGAACGAGAACCUGAUGCUGAAUAUCGUCCAGCAAUUGAUCCUAAAAUGGGACUAUUCACAAGAGAAAGUCCACAGCAAGAAUAUUCACAACUUCCUGGUGAUGAACCAGUUGACAUGCUCCGAGGUACCGCUGACGGAGCUGCCUCAGGUGCAGAUCAUCUUAGUGAUGCAAAUGCAACCACAAAUGCUCCUCCUGCUACUGCUACAAAUGCAACUACUGCCAAUCUCUUUGAAUCGAAUGACAUUGUGGUUGCUGCAGCAGCAGCUGUCUCAACAACACCACCACCAUUGCCCGUUGUUGUCGAUGAUGAAUCCAAUUAUGAAGAUGUCUCGUUAUCUGCUGACACACCAAGUGCACCAAUCUCAAAUCCAUCACCAUCGCAGCGUAAAAUAUCAACAGCUGCUAAAGUUGUGGAAGCUGAAUCGAAUAUUCAAAAGCAAGAACCUUCCGUAUAAAGCUUUAAGCACUAUAGUGAAAAAAAUAAAAAAAAAUAAAAAUUCCAAAUUUAUCGUUAUGUUUGGCCACAUGAUUAUGUCUUUAAUCAGCAUUAUAUAACAGUUUUCAAUAAAUACAUAAUAUUAUUAAAAUAA